UUGCAUUAUGGUUACGUUCCAGGUAUUUUUGGCGUAUCACACGUAGCACUGCAAUUCAUGGCCUAUGAGGAGCUGAAGAAAGGCUACAGUCUAUAUUUUGGAACACCAAUCAACAAGAAGCUGGUGAAUACUUUCUGCACGUGUCUGUAUAGUUGAUUGUAUACGUGUUAAAGCUCACAAAUUCAACCGAGUUAGCAAACAAGAAACUCUUGAUCUUAAUCCUUGACAUACAAAACAUGUGAAGUACUUUUACUCUGAUCAUGUUAAUAGCUUAGGGUGGAUGAUUGAAGUGUUGUCAUUUACUGGAACGAAACUUUUCUCUCAACUCCCCUCUCCACCCAGAAGGAUUGAUAAGAAUCAACCCUUUGCCCCCCCCCCCUAAGAUUGACUGACAUCUAACUUCUCCUUACAAUAUUACCUCUGAAUCACACAUGGAGGUCACAAGAAUAGAGGAAAUAUUCAGCCACCAAAAAAGUUCUUGACUGUUUAAGAAAUUCUCCUUGUCAGUAUCUUUGGAAAUAUACAGAGAACGGUAUGGAGAAGAUGGAUAUUGAUGUUAGGGUGUAAAGGGUUAACACGAACACAUGUAAUGGCCAGUGGCGAAUGUAAAGGGAGAACACGAGAGAGGGAAGGGUGGGGGGCGUUUUUGGCUUCUCAUCUUGAGUAGUCCAUGACGAGCCUUAGCAUUUUGAAGCUACAACUGACGUCCAAACGACAACCUUUAUUACCUUUGUUGUACAUGUGGCUGGUAGGAAGGUACUAAUAGGAUGACGUUUAUUAUUAUGUAACCGUGGGUUAUCUUGGGAAUCACUCUGAAGUGCUGAAAAUAUAGUAGUUAUUUUUUUAUAUAAAGUGUUUUUCUCUCAAAUUUACGUUUUGCUAACUUUCAUUUUCGUCAGAGUUCAACUGAGUACCUUCUAAUGGCUUCACUGUCGAAAAUUUUCGCCGCAACAGCGACAUAUCCUUAUCAAGUGGUUAGAGCAAGACUUCAGGUUAGAAUAGGAGGUUCAUUAGCAACCUAUUAACCUUUUGAGAUCGAUUUUGUUUUACUUUCGAUGCUAUUAUCUUGAAAUAAACUUGUAGUUUAAGGCUUUUUUUAGUUUUCAGGCCGGUGAUCUCAUCGGUUGGUUUACUGGACUUCAGGUUGAUGUGGCCUGUGCUUGAUCCUCGAGCCUCAGCUAGGUCAUUGUGUCGGUUCUUUGGGAAAAGAUUCGUUAGCCCCACACAUCCCCUCUCCCAGUGGUUCAAAUGGGCACCAACAAAAGGACAGGGAAACCCUACAAUGUGGAUAAAUAUCAAUUCUCAUGAGGGAAAGUAGCUUUCACCCUCUUUCACUCUUUCCAUUCCUCUUAAGAAACACGAAUCCAAGAUGGUUAUGGGAAUGCACGGCGCGAAAGUUUUGAUCCUGUGCCCAUAAAAUUAGCUAAAACCAAUUGAAUAUAUCAGGAGCUGUCUCUAAGCAAGUCUGAUUUGUUAAAUCGUUCAGUAUUUACUGUUUCCUGCUGUCAUUUAUUGUUCAUGAAUUUUACUUUUCUAAAGAAUCAAUACACGAUGGUGGAAUACAAAGGCGCGUUGGAUGUGAUUAGUAAGACUUUCAGGUAAGUUGAAACUUGACUUGAGGACUUAAAGCUUUCGAUACGUUAUAGACUAGCUUUCCAUCUCUAGUUUCAAACCCUCUACAUUAAAGAGAGGUACAUGUUUUACCCGUUUGAAACAAUUUGACAAAGAACUGGACCAAAAUUGGCGGAGAACUGAAACUAGCUUGUUUGAGAACUGGAUCCAAUUUCAGUUUGACUUACGGCUUAGUGGUAAAGUCCACAUUUUCAUGAAAGAAGGUAUUUUCUUCUUUUUUUGGCCUCUUCUCACGGCAGGUUCUUUUCAAAAUCUUAGGCAUGAAGGAGUAAGAGGAUUUUACAAAGGAUUAAUUCCCAGUGUCCUCAGGUAAGGCAGAAUGUUAAAGAGUAAAUUUGAUGAUACAAAUAUAUUUGGUAGUUAGUUUUAGGUGUUAUACCGCAGUGUAUAAUCUAAUAAUAUUAAUAAUAAUAAUAACAUUUAUUUAUACCGCGCAAAUUCAACUAUGCAGUUUUCAAAUGCGCCUAAAAUUGGCCAAGAGGGCUCAGUGGGCUCCCAUCUUUAAUUUCAGGUGGCGCUUUGUAAAGGAAAGGGUCUUAAGAGAUGGGGUACCCCAUAAGGUGUUUGAACUUAUUUGCACCCUCUAGUCUGUGAGAAACUGAGAAGAAGAGACAGGCGAUAGAUACAUUAAGAGGCUAUAAAAUUCGGAGUAGGUGUCGUGUCAUUAUUUUCGUCAGUUACAUGUUCGAAUACUGUGAAAUAAUUAAGAUACUUAUCCUUAUUACAAGUAUUUGUGCGUUAGCGUAAGUUUUAGUGGUUCUCUUUUUUUUUUUGUUUGAUUGUUGUUGUUGUUGUUUCUUUUUAGAGUAACGCCAGCAUGUGCACUCACAUUUGUGGUGUACGAAAACGUUAUUCACUUCCUUCUGCCGGACAGAUGA